AUGAAGCUCCUGGUGUUCCUCUUGACUCUCUCUUACAAUCUGAUCAACGUGCUACAAUGUGAAGCCUCUGUGAUGCUGAGUGUGCCAGAGGUUGUUCGCUUGCAAAUAAACAGUAUGAAGGAUAUCAACAUUGCUUUGAGUGCACCCCUGCAGGAGACAGUAAUGAUUACAGUCAAUGUGACCUUCUCAUCAAAACAAACUUGCAUUGUUCAACUACCUGAGCAAGUAAGGCUGCCUAAAGAUGUAAACUCAACAAGUUUCACCAUUAGAGGAGUUGAAGUCGGGCAAGUGACUACCUACCUCCAGGCCAACAACAGCAAACUGAUCAGGGCUCCAGUUAAAAUGCGAUUUCUAGUGGUGCACAGCAAUGCUCUGGUGAUAAUAAACCAAGUGAUUGGAUGGAUUUACUUUGUGGCUUGGUCCAUCUCCUUCUACCCACAGGUUAUUGAAAACUGGCGGCGGAAAAGUGUGAUUGGACUGAAUUUUGAUUUUCUGGCACUGAAUCUGACUGGACACUUGGCGUAUGGAGUGUUUAACAUCAGCCUUUUUUGGGUUCCAAAUAUAAAGAAACAAUUUCUGGAGCAUAACCCAGAUGGUGUGAACCCAGUGGAAGCAAAUGAUGUCUUUUUCAGUAUCCACGCCAUAUUGUUAACAACGCUUACUAUAUUUCAGUGCCUCAUCUAUGAGAGAGGGUCGCAGAAAGUAUCCAAGAUUGCUACUGCACUGGUGGUGGGUUCAUGGCUGUGUGCUCUUGUCACCUCUAUCAUGGCAUUAGCCCAUCAGAUAACAUGGCUUCAACUUGUCUAUUACUUCUCCUACAUCAAACUUGGCAUUGUCCUGGUGAAAUAUGUCCCUCAGGUCUACAUGAACUACCAAAGAAAGAGUACAGUUGGUUGGAGCAUUUGGAAUGCACUGUUGGAUAUUACUGGAGGCACUUUUAGUCUCCUGCAGAUGUUCCUGCAAUCAUAUAACAAUGAUGAAGAGAUGCUGAUCUUUGGAGAUCCAACUAAGUUUGGCCUUGGACUGAUAUCAAUAUUGUUUGAUAUUAUCUUCCUGGUGCAGCAUUAUAUUCUGUACAGAAACUCCAUGGGUGGGGGAGAAGAAAUACAACCAAAUCAGUUGCUGUAUCAAUAG